AUGCUGCUGCCGCCGCUCCUGCCGGCGCUGCUGGCCGCCUGCCUGCCCCCCUGCCAGGGCUGGAGCCCCGCCGCGGCCGGCGGGGGGCAGGAGGAGCCGGAGCUCUUGCUGCCCCCCAUCAACUCCUCCUCGCGCUCCCUGGCCAGCCUGGAGCGGGACCUGCGCGGGGUGGGCGGGCAGGCUGAGGCGGGCAGCCCCAGCCAGGAGCCGCCUCCCGCCGCCGCCGGCCAGCAGCCGCCCCAGCCCCCCGAGGAGGCGCCCUGCAACAUCAGCGUGCAGCGGCAGAUGCUGAGCUCGCUGCUGGUGCGCUGGAGCCGCCCGCUGGGCAUCCCGUGCGACCUGCUGCUCUUCUCCACCAACGGCCACGGGCGGGCCUUCUUCUCCGCCGCCUUCCACCGCGUGGGGCCGCCGCUGCUCAUCGAGCACCUGGGGCUGGCGGCGGGGGGAGCCCAGCAGGACCUGCGCCUCUGCGUGGGCUGCAGCUGGGUGCGGGGGCGCCGGGUCGGGCGGCUCCGGGCAGCGGCCGCCGCCUCCUCCUCCUCCUCCUCGCUGUCCGAGCCCGGCCAGUACUGGCUGCAGGGGGAGCCGCUGAAUUUCUGCUGCCUGGAUUUCAGCCUGGAGGAGCUGAAGGGGGAGCCGGGCUGGCGGCUGAACCGCAAGCCCAUCGAGUCCACCCUGGUGGCUUGUUUCAUGACUCUCGUCAUCAUCGUGUGGAGCGUGGCCGCCCUCAUCUGGCCGGUGCCCAUCAUCGCCGGCUUCCUGCCCAACGGCAUGGAGCAGAGGAGAAGCACCGCGGUGGCUGCGGGCGCCACCAACGCUGGCAAAUAA